AUGCCGGCCAUGCUCGAUGAUCCCACGGCGCCGGCCAUAUACCGCGUGUCCGGGCAGCCGCCAUUCCCAAUACCGUUUGGGCCAUUGCCGCAGGACAUCAUACCCCGCCAGGUAACGCUUCGAGAUCGAGUCACGACGGCGACGUUGGUGCCUUUCUCGUCACCGCAGCAGGUUCCGCCUCACCUGGCCGCCUAUCUAUGCGAGCUGCUCAACAGAGAGAUUGAAAAGGGAGACACGUAUCCCAUGAUGGAGCCAUUGCCAAUGUCCUCCUUCGCGCCGUACUGGUUCGCCAACUUUGGUGCUGUGAUGAUUGUUGGGGACAUUCAAGCUGUGGAGGAAGUGACGCAAAUGGAGGAGCGGGGUGUGGACUGGACGAAGGAAUGUCUGGGAAGCUUCUACAUCAAACCCAACUAUCCUGGCAGGAGCAGUCAUGUCUGCAAUGGCGGCUUUCUCGUAACGGACGCUGCGCGGAACCGCGGCGUGGGCAGACUCAUGGGUGAGGGAUACCUCGAAUGGGCACCGAAACUGGGCUACACCUACUCAGUCUUCAAUCUGGUCUACGAAACCAACGUGGCCUCACUUCGCAUAUGGGAUGCUCUGGGGUUCAAGCGGAUUGGCAGAGUUAAGGGUUGUGGUAAUCUGAAGAGCUCUCCGGAUCAAUUCAUCGACGCCAUCAUUUUCGGCCGCGAUCUGGGCGGUGAAGGAGACGAGUACGUCAGCGAGGAGAGAUUCGACAAGAUACGGUUCUACCUUAAGAACGGAACCUAUCCCAACGGAUCAGACCGCGCUGAGAAGUCACGCCUCCGUUCUGCCGCCACGCACUACCGGCUAAUCACCAACACGAGUGGUGAUGGCGAAGACGACAAAUUGAUGUUGAAAGGCAAGGAAGUCGUCUCAGAUCCACACAAGCAGUACGAGAUCGCUCGCAACAUGCACAAUGUAGCUCAUGGUGGARUCAACAAGACCACGGCCGGUAUUGCAGAGAAAUACCACUGGGUUCGCAUCAAAGAGACGGUCAGCCAGGCGAUCCGCAAUUGUGUGCACUGUAAAGAAGCCGCACCAAAAGCCGACAAGUCCAGCUUUUCAAGCAGUCGACGUAGCAAUGCGGGUGCUUCUACUGCUAGUGGUGGUCGCGCAUCUCGAGUCACCGUCACAGCUGGAUCGGACCCCACCCCGGACACGGUGUCUGGCGCCUCACCGCACCAUUCGCAUCUCCAACAUCAGCAUCCCGCACCUACGGCGCCGAUGGGAAGCAUAGGAAGCGAUUACAUGGCUGUUGAUCCUCAGCUUUGGGGUGGUGCGGACAGCAUGGCCGUUGACGAUGACACGCGUGGGAUGGACGAUGCUGACCUCAUUUUGACGAGGGAGCUGCAGGCGCAGUUGCAGGAUAGCCCGAGGCAAUCGCAUAGAGAUGGACGUUGA